AUGUCAUUCGGUGAGGUGGGGACGAUGGUCCAACCGGACACUCCAAGGCGAGCCGCCCGAGAACGCGAACUCGGAAUGGGCCAUGUGAACAACCGCCUAUCUUUUAUAGCGCCUAAUUUCCAACCAUCCAUAGCGUUUUCAUCUAUGGAAAGCAACUCUGUCCCGGAAACACCCACAUUGUUUGACUCAUACACAUCAGCUUGUCGAGAAGGCAACAUUCACACCGUCCAUGCGAUAGUCUCAUCACAAUCACCGACAGUACCAUUUCUUCACCAUGGCCUGAUACUCGCUCUUGAGUCCGGCCAUGUCGAAGUAGCCCGCUAUCUCCUUUCAGCCGGCGCUCCUAUCACUCAAAACACACCUGUACAUAUUCUCUCCGCACAACCAUCACUCCAAAUCCCGCUCUUCGAGCUCUUGGCCCAAUCAGGCUGGGGCCCCAACAUUCCAGGCGAAUAUGGCGCCGUCUUACUUCCAAAGGUAGUUACCAAUCUUCCAGUUCUGUGCUGGUUUCUUGCGCAUGGUGCAAAUCCCAAUCUAGGCGCACAACAUGAUACAACCGACAUAUCCGCUCAUCCGAAUACGCAGUCAUGCGCUGCGCUAGAAGCUGCAUCUGCGCGGGGGUCGGUUGACGCAGUGCGUCUCCUUCUCGAUGCAGGUGCUUCGAUUCACUAUGGCACGCCACUACAUUUUGCGGCUGGAGCUUGCUCGCCCGGGAUCAUGCCGCGGAGCGUGAUUAGUAGCGAGUUCGAUGCAAGUCGGAUUCCUAUUAUGGCGUUGUUGGUGGAGCGGGGCGCUGAUGUGAAUCAGAUGGGUAUGUCACGGGUUGUCGUACAUCAUCCGAUUAUGUAUGCUGUUAUGGCUGGUGCGGCUGAGCGGGUGAAAUGGUUGUUGGAGCAUGGGGCUGAUCCUCAGGCGAGAGGGGCAUGGGGGAGUGCGGCGGAAUAUGUGGAGAUGGUUGGCAGUGAAGACUUGAAGAGUGUUCUGCGGCAUGGCAUAGAGAUGAAGGGGGUGAAUGGGGGUGCUCAUGACAACUUGAACUUGGCUAUUCGGCCGAGGGUACAAUGA